AUGUCCCUUUCUGUCGCCGUCGUCUCUUCAAUUCGCAUUGUGUGCCAAUGGAUCACGUCUCUGGACCGGCAACUGAGUACGAUCAAACCCUCUGACAGCGCUCUAUCUGAGGGUGUGCGCGCAUUGUUUGCCCGUGCCAAGAUCCUUGUCGUUCCCAAGCCCUACCGCUUUGCACGCGUCAUGCACCGCUUCAUACGCUACGAUUAUAGCCUUGCUCAGGAUAUUGGCCAGACCGACGGCGAGGGAUGCACGCGUAUCUGGGCAGGGGUAAAUCCCGCGGCAGCAAGCAUGCGCGAGAUGGGACCUGGUUCGAUGCAAGACACAAUUAAUGAUAUGUGCAGUUCGUGGAACUGGCAGAAGACGUGUGAUCUCGCACCACUUCCGAGCGAGCGCCUGGACGAUGAACUCCAGAGGGCGCAAGUAGACAUAUCACGGCCUGCAUAA